UAUUAAAUUCCAAAAACAAAUUUGUUUACAAUAUUUGUAAAUUACUGUAAGCUCCUCAUUUCAUAGGCUCGAAAAAAAUGCAUUAAAAAAAGAAUAUCAAAAAAAAUUGCCACAUCCGAAAGGAACAAAAAAAGAGUAUUUUAGGGGGUACAAUGAAAACGAAGUUUCCAGCUUCACGUGACAUAUCGGAGAAUGGGCACUAAAAAUUUGGUCAUUUGGAAUUGGAAAGCUCCGCAAUCACGCACAUGCAACAUCUAAGGUUCAUAAUCUGCCACGUCUGCCAAGACAAAGGAUGAUGUAUGGAUGAUGAUGAUGAGCUGCCAUUAGCCAGCUCCAUUCAGCUGAAGCCACCCAACACUGCCAAGCCGCGGCAGCCGCCUAAAGAUUCUGCCGUGCUUUAGAAAACGCACUCCCUACUUUUCUCCACCACGUGUUUCAUUUUCAAACCGUUUGGAUCUUCGGGGCCCACAUGAAAUCCGACGACCUAAAUUCCACAUUCCUAGUCAACUCUUAUCGAUAAACAAACGGUCCACAUCCAACCACGUGUCGUCUUCGAUGCAUUAUUACCCCAUCGAUCCAACGGACCCGAACAACCUCUCUUUUCCUCACUCCCUUCCUCUUUCCCCGGAACCCCUCUUACUUCCGACGAGCAACCACCAUCAUCGUGAAAUCCACAUUCUACCUUUACCAAACCCCCAGAUUCUCUGCUGACUUAUAGAAAAAUUGUCUGGAAUUCGUCUUUUAUUUUUUUUCUUUUAUUUUUUGAUGGCGGAUUCGGACAAUGAAUCGGGGGGACACAACAACAGCGGAGGCAACGCGCACAGCGAAAUGUCAGCGCGUGAACAAGACAGGUUUUUACCGAUUGCAAACGUAAGCAGGAUCAUGAAAAAGGCGUUACCCGCAAACGCUAAGAUCUCCAAAGACGCUAAAGAAACGGUCCAGGAAUGCGUUUCCGAGUUCAUCAGUUUCAUCACCGGUGAAGCCUCCGACAAGUGUCAGCGUGAAAAGCGUAAGACGAUUAACGGCGACGAUUUGCUUUGGGCCAUGACGACGCUUGGUUUCGAAGAGUACGUGGAACCCUUGAAGAUUUAUUUGCAGAAGUAUAGGGAGAUGGAAGGUGAUAAGACCUCUAUGGGAAGGGGAGAAAAAGAUGGCGCCAGUGGUGGUUCCGCCGGCGGCGCUGCUGGCGGAGGGAGUGCUGGUGGAGGUGGACUCGGUUCAGGUGGUGGUGGGUUUAAUGGGGGAGGAGGAGGGAUGUAUGGAGGCAUGAUGAUGAUGGGGCAACAUCAAGGACACGUUUACGGUUCAGGUGCGUUUCAUCAUCAGAUGAGUGCGGCUAAAAGUGGUGCCGCCGCCGCUAGUGGUGGAGCAGGAGGUGGAGCUGCUGUUAAGUCCAAGUAGAUUGCUUGGUAGGGAAUUGUUGAUUGGGUUUUUAAAAUUUAUUAGUAGUAUUUUUAAGCAUUAACAUAAUUUGUUAGGUACCUUCUUUUUUAUUUUUCCUUUUCCAUUUUUUUUCGUGGGAUAUGUAAUUGUCGGCAAGGAGCAGAAGUCAAAAGAAGAAGAAAUGAUGCAUAGUAAAAAGUUGUAACCUCUUAAGAUAAUUAGUAGUACUUCUAAUUUAAUGCAAAGGGGGAGAAAAAAAAGUUGUGUAUGAUAUGGAAAUUACUAAAUUAAUGUAGAGAGUUUGAUUUUUUUUCCUCCAAUUAUUCUGUUACUGUUGAUUUGUGAAAAAACUGCCCUUUUUAGUAGCUUUUUUUUUUUUUCCAGUUUCUUUAACUUGUUUUUAUGUGAGUGCUGGGGUUGCAGAUUUCUAUUGCAGCAUUGGAUUGGAAGUGGAGUUUGAACUGACAGUUUUGAGAGACUCUCUGACAGAUCUAGAAACAAAAGGAAACUUUGUACAUGUUCUUUUACAGGAAAGGAGAGAAAUCUAUUGUGUUUUUGCUCCAUGCUUCCCUCCCAAAUUGUUUUUUGCCAUUUGUGCAUCUUUGCUUAGCUCUGGUUACGAUGGAGAAAGAAAAUAAAGGAGGGGUCAUUCUCAUCUAAAAAUGAGCUAUUUCCCCAUCUACUUUGGCUUUCGAAAUUUCAUUGAUAGGGUCAACUUUUAAGGGCUUGUAUCUUUCUUGGUUAUUGGGCAGCUGAUUUUCUUCUACUCUCUGAUUGUUGCGUGUAAUUAUGAAUGUUGCAUAAUAAUUCAAUAUAAAUGCAUAUGAUGUUGUAAAAGGGAAGCUUCUUUGUGGUCAGGUUUUCCAUUUGUUAAAAGCACCAACAUUCUCAUGCAUUCCAGAUUCCGGAAUCAGGUGGGUAACCUGCAGUUUUGUUUCUUAAACUGUAUAGGAAUCUUUAACUCCUGCAUUUAACCAUUUUCAGGAAAGGUUCCUCUCAAGUAAAUUAAGAACCAACCUUUGCCUUGUUAAUUAAUUCGCCCCCUCAACUCCUUAAAAACAUUGCUCAACCAAGAAAAGAGGAGAAUCUAUUAUCUAGGUUCGGUGGAAGUGGGCAGUGAGGGAGUUUUGAAGGAGCAUUAAUUCAAUGAAGUGGGCAACCAGUAACCUGAAAGCAAU